AUGGUCCAGGAUCAGCUCAACGGCGACAAAAGCGAGGAGACGAAGUACGACCCAGCACAACCAUCCAUGUUCGAGAAGAUGAUCCGGACCAAACAAGCCGAGAAACGCUACACCAAAGAACAAAAGGUGUGGCAUACGCAGGUGAAACCAGGGCUCUGCAUCGCCAAGACGUGUUUUCACCAAGACGCCACCUACGAUCGUCUUGCAAGACAAGACGCCGGCGGAGAGCCCUGGGUGAAACCUGACCUGGAAGGCUUCAAGCCAAACGCAUUCCCCUCCCUCUCGGAUGAUGGCCGCACGCUGAAGACUUCCGCCGCCGUCGUCGACGCCGUCAGGUUCCGCCUGCCCGUCGAUGGCAAUUGGUCCGCCUCCGGCGGCUUCUGCUUCUGGCCGGUGAUCCGGCCCUAUUUUAUCGACAAGCUGGGCCCGGACUCGAUCUACAAGCAUACCGGAGAACGCAUCUCGACUGCGUUCUGGCGCACCUUGAUGGAUGACAUGUGGAACAAGAAGCAUCCGGCACCGGACAGGUUCGAGCAGUACUUUGCGCAGUGUUUGGCGAAGCUGGAAGGACCGGCGAAAGCAAGGACGCAGGUUCCAUAUUUGUUCCGUGAGCACAUGGUGAAGGAAAACUCGUGGAUGCUGAUUGGAGAGACUUACGUGCAUGGGAUCAUGCAUGGGGAAGCGUUGCGGAAAGGGCUUGCGUUCGACCCAAUUGACAUCGUCUGA